GGGGGGAGGGGAAAGGGAAAGAAACCACGUGGCAGAGCGCCUGCGGGGCUGAACAGAGGAAGGCAGUGGCCGUGGGAGGACCCGCCAGUGGGUUUUUUAGGGAAAUGCAACCUGAGGACCAUAACUGGGGUUUCUGACAGGGCUGUGGGGGAGUGCUUAAGGCCUCUACAGAGGGCGUGUCUGAGGGGUCUGACACUGCCGAGGGCAGCACUUCCCAGUGGGUGGGGCCAUGGAGGGGAGCUGACCUCUGUGAGUGCUCUUUGCCUGCUUUCGGCAGGAAUCAAAACACCCUCAGGACCUGUUCAUUCCCCAUUCCUUUAAUUCUGUUAAUUUCAGCUUAAAUUCAUUUCUUGAAUCUUUGAAAAGUGGGUCGGAGGUCCCUAAACAGAAGGGGGCCUGUGGGACCAAAGCUGAGACUUUGGGGGCCGAGUCCCCAACACUUGUUGAGUGUGUCCAGUAAGUGGGAGUGAGAUACAGCGUCUGGGGGCUGGAGGGGCAACUGAAGCCAAGGUUUGGUGACAUCCCAGGGCCACAGAGUUCGUUGCAGGCCGCAGUAGCAGAGAUGAGCACAAAGUCAGUGUGGGACUUGCUGCGUGCUUCCUCUCCCAUCGUCAGUCAUCUCUGUACAGUGAAGGAGCCUUCCAUCUGGGCAUCUGUAGGAAACAAGCAGAUUGUCCCUCUCAGCCUUUGACAAAAGGUCACAUUUUUCUAGUUUCACACUAACUGAAAAAUAUGGGAAACAAGAUCCCACUGCACUUAGUGUUUGUUAAUUAAAAAAGAACAGUUUUCAUUCAGGGAAAUGGUGACUUACAAUCACUUGUACAAGGAGUGUUUCCAUCAAAGUCAUUCAAGACUGUUUCAUAGAUACCGCAUUGCAAAUAACCCUGUUCAGUGAUGCUCUGAUCAUAAAUAUGGCAUGGAUAUUUGCCAGCCGUCUUUACUGUGAUGGAGGAUUCCUAGUAUAGAGGGCCUGGACAUGCUUCUUUUUGCAUAGGAAAUUGUGCUAAUUUCCUCCAGCCCCAAAAGAUCUCUUGAGAGAAGUCUGUAAUUACCCAAAGACUUGGCACCAAGUGGUGUCAGGAAGUACCACAAGAGUAUUUUAUCCACAUGGGAAAAACCAAGAACAUGAAGAGUGUCUGUUGCCCAGAUUUCUCCCAGCAUUUGGAGAAGGAGCUUAGUUGGCCCAUUAGGAUGUACCUGGGGGACCCACAGAUGGCUAAAUUGAACAGGAGAAAGGGAGCAAGCUGGAUUAUCUUCAGGAAAUUAUAGAGCUCCUUGGAUGACCCCCAGGCUUCCUGGGAAAGCAGCGUUCUAUGUUUUUAAUACCAGUGUUGUUAUAGGUCAGAAAGAUCUGGAGUGCAACAGACUCCAAAGAAUUAAAAAUUAAUUUCACACAGAGGACAAUUUAGAGGCCUGAGGCAGAUGUGAGAAGGCUUUCAUGUCAAACACUGCUGAACAUAGAAGAACAGGAUUGUAAGGUGUCUUUGGUGAUCAUGUGAUGGGAAGGGAGAAUGGGCCAGUCAUGCAGCAGUUGUCAGAGAUAACAAGUGCACAGAUAGAAUGUUGCUCUAGCAUCUGGAGAGACCGGGGAGAGAAGGAGAAAGCUGUAUUCCUUUGGAAGGACAUGGCCAGGAGGCACAUGGGGGGCACAGGUAGAGGUGGACUCUGAAUGCCAGCUUGUGAAUCCAUGGCAUUGGAAAUCCACUGCAGCAUUCUCCACUUUGCCUUUCUGUAAGCAUGUGUACACUUGAACCCAUCAAUCUGGACUGGAGAGUGAUUUAAGAAUUUGUUGACGUUCCAAGAUGUUGCUGUGGAAUUCACCCAGGAGGAAUGGAACUAUUUGGAUCCUGGUCAGAAGGACAUGUACAGGGACGUGAUGCUGGAGAACUAUGAGAACUUUGUCUCCCUCGCAGGGCUUCCAGUAACUAAACCAACUGUGAUUUCUCAGCUGGAGAGACAUGAAGCCCCGUGGCUAUCAGGGGAAGAAGACCCCAGAUGUAUUUCUGAGGAUUCCCCUGUUGAGAAAAGAGAAUGUGAAACCAAGGCGUCAAUUCAAAAACUAUGUAUUACUACCAGCAAGAUAUCCAGAAAGAGAGUCAUCAAGGAUGAUUUCUGCAAAUCUAAAUUGGGAGAUGCUUGGAAUUAUGACACUGGAUUGGAAAGGCAGAUAAACAACCCAGAAAGAAAGUCCAUGAAGCUAAUAGUUAAGCACAGCAAAACUUCAUGUAGCAGAAUUUCCAUCCUGAAGAACCAUUGUAAGUUUAAUAAAUACAAGAAGCUUUUGAGUUACCACUCAAAAUUGAACCAUUACCAUAGAGUGUGUUUUCAAGGAGAAUCUCAUAGAAUUGAUGAAUGUGACAAAACCUUCCACAUCAAUUCAUGCCUUAAUAUACAUGGAGGAAUUCACUCUGGAGUGAAAUCUCAUAAAUUUGGUGAAUGUGGUAAGGCUUCCAGCUACAAUUCAUACCUUGGUGUUCCACAGAAAAAUCUUAAGGAAGAAAAACAUAUUGAACAAUGUAAUAAUGAUAGCAAAACUUUUAGCCAGAGGGGAUAUCUGUCUCAAUAUAAGAGAAUUUCUAUUGGAGAGAAAUCCUAUAAAUGUAAUGAAUGUGGGAAAACUUUCAGCCUUAAGGUAACCUUUAAUAGACACAAGAAAAUUCAUGCUGGAGUGAAACACUGUAAAUGUAAAGAAUGUGGAAAAGCUUAUAGGGACAAGGCAUCCUUUAAUAGACAUGAACGAAUUUAUACUGGAGAGAAACCUUAUAAAUGUAAUGAAUGUGGAAAAGCCUUCAGGUUGAAAAGAUGCCUUGGUGUACAUGGAGCAACUCACAGUGGGGAGAAGCCCUAUAAAUGUAAUGAAUGUGGAAAAGCCUUUACUCGGAAGGAUCACCUUAAUAAUCAUAAGAAAAUUCAUAUUGGAGAUAAACCAUAUAUAUGUAAACAAUGUGGAAAAGCCUUCAUGUUUAAGGGAGGCCUUCAUGUACAUGAGGUAAUUCAUACUGGACAAAAGCCCUAUAAAUGUAAUACAUGUGGAAAAGCCUUCAAACUUAAGGGAACCCUUGAUGUACAUAAAAGAAUUCAUACUGGAGUGAAACCUUGUAAAUGUAAUGAAUGUGGAAAAGCUUAUAGGGACAAGGCAUCCUUUAACAGACAUGAACGAAUUCAUACUGGAGAGAAACCCUAUGAAUGUAAUGAAUGUGGAAAAGCCUUCUUCCGGAAAGAUCACCUUAAUAGGCAUAAGAAAAUUCAUAGUGGAGAUAAACCAUAUAUAUGUAAAGAAUGUGAAAAAGCCUUCAGGUCUAAGAAAGGCCUUGAGGUCCAUGAGGCAAUUCAUACUGGGGAGAAGCCCUAUAAAUGUAAUAUAUGUGGAAAAGCCUUCACACGGAAGGAUCACCUUACUUUGCAUAAGAAAAUUCAUACUGGAGAUAAACCAUAUAUAUGUAAACAAUGUGGAAAAGCCUUCAUUUUUAAGGGAAGCCUUCAUAUACAUGAGGUAAUCCAUACUGGACAGAAGCCCUAUAAAUGUAAUGCAUGUGGAAAAGCCUUCAAACUUAAGGGAACCCUGAAUAUACAUAACAGAAUUCAUACUGGAGAAAAACCCUAUAAAUGUAAUGAAUGUGAAAAAGCCUUCAGAUCUAAGAAAGGACUUGAGGUACAUGAGGCAAGUCAUACUGGGGAGAAGCCCUAUAAAUGUAAUGAAUGUGGAAAAGUCUUCACUCGGAAGGAUCACCUUAAGAGGCAUAAGAAAAUUCAUACUGGAGAGAAACCAUAUAUAUGUAAUGAAUGUGGUAAUGCAUUCCGGGAGAAAGGUCAUCUUAAUUCACAUAAGAAAAGUCAUAACUGACAUGAAACUAUAGGUAGCUUAAUAAAUAUAAGAAAACUCAUACUGAUGUGAAACUAUAUAUGUGAUGACAUGAAAAAGCCUUCAAAUGUAAGGGACAUCUUAAUUUAUGUAAGAGAUUUCAUAUUGGAGAGAUACCCUAAAAAUGCAAGGAAUGUGGAUAAAGUUUUGAAUAUAUAGAAACUUUAAAAAAUAAAGAAAUUCAUACUGGAGAGAUAUCCUUUGAAUGUCCAAUGUUGAAGCAGACUAUAGCUGAAAUCCAAACUUUGCAUAAUAAAAAAAUGAAAAAUAGAGAAAACUUUCUUGUACAGCUCAAACCUUAAGAACUAUCAGAUAAUUCAUCCUGAUGGGAAAUCUAAAUGUAAAGAACAGAAGAAAGCUUUUAAGCAACAGGAACACUUUAUUUUACAUGAAAAUAGUUUCACUGGCUUAAGCUAAUAUAAUAUAGUCAGUAUUAUGUAAUAAUUAUAUAAUACAGUUAGGAGUCAUAUUGAGCAAUUGGUUUGGGGAGAACAAUCUUAUUUAACUAGGGAACAUGGAAUAGUUGAGGGAUAAGAUCCAAGGAGGAGUAGUUUGAGAUCUUGACACUUCUGAGCAAAGUUGUUUAAAGAUAACUAGAUAAUCUCAGAGUUUAAAUACAGUAUAGAUUACAAAGUCAAUUAAACUCCAGUUUCACAUCA